GCCUGCGAGGAGCAAGCCAGCGGCACCGACUGUCAGCCAGGCUGCGCUUCCAGCGCAGCGCCCCCAUCCCCGGGCCAAGCCAGCAUUCCCCACCAGGCGCAGCUUGCUCCCACCCGCCGCUGGGCUGCUUGGCUUUUGUCUCCUCUGGACGCCUCCUCCCCUGCCCUUCUGUGCUGGCACUCACAUGCUGUCCUUGCUCCAGCUCUCCCUGCACCCAGGGUUGGGGGAGCUCCAGGGAGCCUGGGCCUGUGGGAUCGCUGCACAGAGCCACUAUGGCCUCUGAUGCGGAGAGCCGUGACCAGCAGAGGCUUUGAUGUUGCUGCCCAGGGCUUGCCGGGACACUGGGGCCACUGGAGAGGGGACGCGCCACGGUUCCUAGUGACCUCACUGCAGAAGAGCGUCAAGAGCUGGAGAAUAUCCGGCGAAGGAAGCAGGAGCUGCUGGCCGACAUUCAGAGACUGAAGGACGAGAUCGCAGAGGUCGCUAAUGAAAUUGAAAGCCUUGGCUCCACAGAGGAAAGGAAAAACAUGCAGAGGAACAAACAGGUAGCCAUGGGCAGGAAGAAAUUUAACAUGGACCCUAAAAAGGGUAUCCAGUUCCUAAUAGAGAAUGACCUGCUGAAGAACACCUGUGAAGACAUCGCCCAGUUCCUCUACAAGGGGGAGGGGCUCAACAAAACGGCCAUCGGCGACUACCUAGGGGAGAGAGAUGAGUUUAACAUCCAGGUCCUGCACGCCUUUGUGGAGCUGCACGAGUUCACAGACCUGAACCUCGUCCAGGCUUUGCGGCAGUUCCUGUGGAGCUUCCGGCUCCCUGGGGAGGCACAGAAGAUUGACAGGAUGAUGGAGGCCUUCGCCCAGCGUUACUGCCAGUGCAACAGUGGGGUCUUCCAGUCCACGGACACCUGCUACGUCCUCUCCUUUGCCAUCAUCAUGCUCAACACCAGCCUGCACAACCCCAACGUCAAAGAUAAGCCCACUGUGGAGCGGUUCAUCGCCAUGAAUCGCGGUAUCAACGAUGGCGGUGACCUUCCUGAGGAGCUGCUCCGGAAUCUGUAUGAGAGCAUAAAAAAUGAACCCUUUAAGAUCCCAGAAGACGAUGGAAAUGAUCUCACUCACACUUUCUUCAAUCCCGACCGAGAAGGCUGGCUGCUAAAACUGGGUGGCAGGGUAAAGACCUGGAAGAGACGCUGGUUCAUUCUGACUGACAACUGCCUUUACUACUUUGAAUACACCACGGAUAAAGAGCCCCGUGGGAUCAUACCCCUGGAGAACCUGAGCAUCCGGGAGGUGGAGGACUCCAAAAAACCAAACUGCUUUGAGCUCUACAUCCCUGACAAUAAAGACCAAGUAAUCAAAGCCUGUAAGACGGAGGCUGAUGGGCGGGUGGUGGAAGGGAACCACACCGUGUACCGGAUUUCAGCCCCUACACCUGAAGAGAAGGAAGAGUGGAUUAAAUGCAUUAAAGCAGCCAUCAGCAGGGACCCUUUCUACGAGAUGCUUGCAGCACGGAAAAAGAAGGUCUCUUCCACGAAGAGACACUGAGCAACCUGCAGCGCUGCGGCUUUCUCCUGCACCCACGGAUGAGCACUGCAGGGCAGAGGCGUCCUCAGCCGGCCCUGCCUGAGUUCUAGAGAUGAGCUUCAGCUUUUGCAUUUUUCUUCCGGGGAGAAAGGGUGGGCAGUUGUCACUGGCAGGGGACUGACGCCUGCAAGCACAGGCUCUCGGCCUUUCCCUCCAGCGUGAGUGGAGCUCCCGACCCGGGGCAGCUGUACUCGUCUGCUCAGCGGGGCUGCGGCAGAGCCGGGCGAGCCCUGUGUACCUCUCGGUCACCUCCUGCGUGGAGCCUUCCUCCCUGCACUGCGUACACUCACUGGCUGUGUGCUUGUACGGUAAGAGGAGAGGCGGAAAGGAAGCGAAGCCACGUACUGUAAAGAUCUAUUUUUGUUUUCUAAAAAGAAGCUGCCCUGCCUGUUUGGAGACCCCCAUGGAGAAGGGCUCCCAGGCUGCUGUGGCUCCUCCUGUCAGGGCCAGCUGCCACCUGCCAGGAGUGCUGCCUAGCAGCCCCUCUGGGCGAAAGAGGGCUGGUACCAUGCAGCAGUGUAGGGAGGCUCUGCAGUGGGUGGUACAGGCAGCUCCCGCCCAAGUGCCUGUGGGCCUCCGGGAGAGCAGCGGAGGGGACUCACUGGACACUUCCGGCGUCUGUCUCCCUCAGAACCCAGGUUUUGCUGGGCUUUAAAUAGAAAGUCAGCAUUUUCCUUGAGCUAAAUACCUAAUAACCAAAACUGUGAGGAGGUUAUCCCAACAGGUUCUGGGGUGACCUCACUGGUUCCUAUCUGGUUUUUCUGUCUCAUCCCCAAACUCUACUCCUCGUUCUAGAGGAAGGAGGUCUUACCUGAUUCCUGUGGGGCUUCAGCCUUUUCUGCCUCAAAAUGGCCCUAAGAGGGCUCCUCUGGUGCGCUGUGUGGUGGCCUCCGGAGGGCAGGGCCUGGUCUGCUCAGCAGGGGCAGUGGAGUGGGAGGUCGGUUGCUCCCCCUCCUCUCCCCUGCAGCGUGUGUGUGAGUGGGCCGCCCCUCCUGUACGGUGUGAAGGGAGCCAUGAAACGCAGUGUUCUGCUGUUCUCUCAGGGACUCUCAAGGGCAGCUCCUGCCACAUGGCCAGGCAGAGCAGGUGGUGGCUGGACCUCGGCACACCCUCUAAUGUCCAGGUCAGUGCGCAGGAGCCUGGUCCUGUGGUGGUGUGGACUGGCUCCUCUGAUGCCAUAGGCUAGGGAGCAUCUCUGGAAAUAGCUUUGCAAAAGGGUGGGAGGCAGGGGAGGGUGGCAUCUGGCCCCUUCCCAUAGCUCCCUCCUGGCGUGGCUUCAAGCCUUCACCCUGAGCUUGUGAAGGUGGUGGAAGUGGGUCUGGGCUGGAAACCCGAGCUUUCCAGCAGAGAACCAGAGCAGCGCCAGCCUGAGCUCCUUUGGAGGCCCAGGCCCUCGCGCUGGUUCUCACUGGUGUUUCCUGGACAGAGGCACCUGGAUCAGUAUUUGUCUAUUUAUCAGAGGUGUAAAUAAUCCAUGUAUAGUUUUGCUUUUAGAUUAUUUUGUAUUUGUUUUAAAAAUUUUUUUUGUCAAAAUAUAGAAUAUAAAGAAAUAACUGAAAGUUGCUGACAGGGUUUUUAAAAAAAUUAUAAUUACUAUUCCAAUUGUUUCUGUUCGUUCGUUUUUGCCUUGUAAACUAGCACCAAGGAACUGCAGCAAAUAAACUCCAACUCUGCCCAAACCA